CAAGACAGCAGGAUAACAACACAGCAGGGAUCACUAUUUACCAAGAACUGAGAUUUUUGUUAUAGGCAAUCAAUACAUGCAACGAUAACUUCCGGGUCUUCUGGCAUAGCACGAGAGAGAGAGAAGCAAAUCCGGAUUUUACCAUCGCGACUUGUUUGGGGGGUAAAAGAAAAGACCCGAGGUGGAGCUUCACUGGAAUCGUAUUGCCUUCUAGCUCGCUGGCUAACAUGCACCUUUAGUGUUUGAAUUUGCACGAAAACGGGACUCGAGGAUAUAUCGAGCUGGGAUUUGCAUGGACAUCUACUAUCUCGGCCACGUUGACAUCCAUCUAUUCGUAUGCAGUCAACGCCAUGUUGGCGUUUCAUCUUGCAGACAUAGCUAGUUAAGCUAGCUACCUCCGACGUCCGACUCCGUGUCGCCAUCUGAGAGCCGAACCCACGGCGCUUUCGGUCGGCCUGAGGACCAACGCGAUGCCGCGGCUUGCAAUCGGGCCCGUCCGUAGAAGCUAACGCUAGCCGGAUACAGAAGGCCGCUUCAGAUGCUCCUUCUCAACCCCUCAGUCAGCGAAUUACAUAACUCACAACCCAUAACCGAGUAGCACCUUUUUUAAAUGUUCAUUCUGCCCGGUGCUUUAAUUUUAAAUUUAAUUGUACAAUCCCAACGGCUGAACUAUUCAGCUAGUUAAUGCCGGCUAACUAAUCUGUUAAUUAGCUGGCUAACGUGAGUUCGUUAGCGAGUGACGUAAAGCCAACGGCUGCUUCUGGGUCGUUAACGACGAAGUUACGGUUUACGUUUGCUUUGCAAAAGUGUCUCGAGUGGUUUGGUAAUUAGUCAGUGAACUUUUUUAUUGACGUACGUAUCAAGUAAUUUGCAUUAUCGAGCCACACACAGUCCAGUUAAUGUCGCUAUCUAACCCACUUAGAGGGCUCGUGUUCAUAAGCUAUACGUGUUAAACACAGAGAUACCUGCGACGUUAACAAGGUGUUUAACGAUUUACUGAGCGCAGCUGUUUAGAGACACACAUGUAAACAAGUCUGACUGCGCGGACGUUUUUGAUUUGGGUAUUUCAAUCGAUCCAUAUCAAUCGAUCUGGACGUCAGAGCACUUGCAUUGCACCUAUCUGCAGACAAUUAGCGUUACACUUAGGCUAAAAUGCAAUGCAGUUGUUGACCCCCUGUGGAGCAUAGCGAGACAUAUCAGCCAUUCAUCCAUGACUCAUGACCUUUGAGAGAGCAGACUCUCCUUUAUCCGUUUUCCACUUCAGUUGAGCCACUUGCAUCAAGCCAUCAAUAGUCUUGUUAUUGUAUUUAUUUUUUAACCACUCGUGGUUGGAGAUUUUUAGUGUUAUUUUAUAUUUAUUUAUUUUUAAAUACUGCUGAAACCUAACUGGAACCAGUGGUUGGAUGGGAACAUGAGGAGCACCCUGUGCUUGGAGGUCUGAUCAAAGCUGCAACAGAGAGCCUCCAUUGUGUGGACUGCAAACUGAAGAGGAAAAGGAUGAUGAUGAUGAGGAGGAUGAUGAUGGGGAUGAUGAUAAGAGAGGCAGAGUGACAGAGUUGAUCCCCGAAGCAGAGGAGUGUCUCAAGGUUGCAGACAUGAGUCUCCGCCAACCCACCUCGACCCUGGACAGCAGGGCAGCCAAUAAGAAAAACGCCCACCCGUUCAGCCCGUUUGCUGCUUGGCUCAGCAGUCUGACCAUCGGGGACUCGGAGCGCAAAUCCUCUGCCGCCCAGCAGAGGGAGCUGAUGGUGGACAUCUCUGCUGAGAGUACGGCUACUGGUCUUGUCCAGAGGUGUGUGGUCGUGCAGAAGGACCAGCUCGGCUUUGGCUUCACAGUAUGUGGAGAGAGAGUCAAGCUAGUGCAGAACGUCCGACCAGGUGGCGCAGCGGUCAAAGCCGGGGUCCACGAAGGGGACCGAAUCAUAAAGGUGAACGGCUCGCUGGUGUCCUCCAUGUCCCAUCAGGAGGUUGUGAAGCUCAUCAAAUCGGGUCCGUACGCCGCUCUGACACUACAAGGUCCGCCCCCUUCCGCCGCCUCGUUGCCCUUAGAGCCCCUCUCCACUGACCUUGCGCCGAUUCAAAAAUCGUCUCUGGGUGGGGAGGCUCCGCCCCCUCCACCACCACCCCUGCCCUGUGGACUGAGCAGCACCCCUUCCCAAAGAAUCACUGGACCCAAACCACUACAGGACCCAGAAGUACAGAAACAUGCCACUCAGAUACUCAGGAAAAUGCUGGAGCAGGAAGAGGCUGAACUGCAGGAGUUGAUGGAGGCGCAGUUGAGGAAUCCGUCGCCGUCACUGGGCGAGCGGAUUGAAAGUGCCCAGAGGAGAGCUCGCCAAGUCCGGGUCAAGAUUCAGCAAGAUCAGGAGGGAACGCGGUCAGAAUUGGCUUUAAGUUACGUCCAAGCAGGAGAAGGUCGGCUAUCGAUGGACUCCAGCGAAGGCGACGUGGAGGUCGGCGGCACCGUCCUGUCGCUUCAUAGACUGGCCCUUCAGAGUCCCCACUCCUCCCCCCCAUUCUCCUUCAGGACCCCACAACACCGACGGCAGAGCUCCGACACACACACCCAGUCUGACUCGGGCGGAAAGGCCCAGAUCAUCGGCCCCGAGGAAGAGGAUGAAGAAGACGACGGCUACGCAUUUAAUGAGAUGGACGGUCCAUUCCAGGACAUUGAGCUGUUGAAGUCACGACCGGCACACAUGGCGGUGUUCAUGAGAUACAUCUUCACCCAGCUUCUGGACCCCAACCCUCUUCUGUUCUACCUGUCGGUGGAGGCCUACCUGGGCUCCAGCCCUAAAGACGCCCGCGCACUCGCACCUCAGAUCUGCUCCCAUUUCCUGGACCCAGACGCGCCUCUGAAAAUCAAAGUACGAGAGGAGUAUCUCUCAGAUAUAGAGAGCCGGCUUCAUGCCCAGGAGGACAUCAGAGGACCUCUGUCUGAGCUGCAGCAGCAGGUGCUGCCGGACAUCUCAGACCAGAUACAGGACUACAGGAACAAGCAGAUGAUGGGUCUGGGCUCUCUGUUCGGCGAGGGAGACCUGCUGCAGCUGGACGGAGACCCGGUGAAGGAGAGACAGGUGGUGGACAGACAGGUCACCGCCCUCUGGGAGAUACUAUCGAAGCACGAAGAGGACCGCAGUUCUCCGCUGGCGUCGGCCGUGCACCUGUACCUGCGUCAUUCGGGUAUCAAGCUGAGAGACUCCAAGGUCUUCCCUGGUCUGAGCACCGAGAAGGAGAAGUGGCUCGCGUUCUUAAAGACCAAGAAGGACAUGACUUCAUGGCUCCUCUCUCCACAGCUGAGUGGCACCAAGAAAGACAAAGAUGGGGAGGAUAAAAAGAGAAACCCCAUCCUGAAGUACAUCGGGAAACCACGGACCUCGUCCCAGUCCACAUUCCAUGUCCCCUUGUCCCCCACCGAAGUGCCGGUGUCUGCAGUCCGUCCCGGCAGCGUGAGAAACAUCAUUCAGCAGUUUGAGAAUCACACGGAGACGGGAGAGGAGGGAGGAGACGCUGCCGACCCUCAGCGGCUCUCCUCCAGCAGCCUGGCAGAGGACGGCAUGGAGAGCCCUACGGUCUCGGUGCGUCUGGCACGCAGCGAGUCGCUGAAGGCUCAGGGAGAAGGCCGGCGGCGAGGCGUCGUCUCGGGGACGGAGUCGGUCCCUCGCUCUCGCAGCGACGUGGACAUGGAGGACUGCGGCGGGGAGGAGAGGGAGGGGCCGGGCCUCCGGCCGCUGCAGCACAGCGCGUCGUCAUCCGCGUCCAGCAGCUCCGCGCGGUCUCUAGAGAACCCUACACCCCCAUACACCCCUCGGUCUAGACGCAGGAGCGUGGACUCGCCGCUGGCCCUGCUGCCGGACGCCGCGGCGCUGGAGGAGGAGGUGUCCGACGGUCAGAACUGGCAGGACACGGUUCCUCCUCAGCUGCUCACCACGCUCAGUCCGAGGGAGGUGGACAGGCAGGCCGUCAUUUACGAGCUGUUCACCACCGAGGCGUCGCACCUGCGGACCUUGACGGUUCUGGACCAGGUCUUUUUCCAGAAGAUGAGGUCUGUGCUGAACUCUGAUGAGCUGGCCUGCAUCUUCCCCAACUUGCCCCAUGUCUACGAACUCCACGCAAGUCUGUGCGAGGCGAUGAAGAAACGACGGGAAGCUCCCAUCGUUCAGGACAUCGGGGACGUAAUGCUGGCCAGAUUUGAAGACGCAGCCGGAGACGAGUUUCAGGAACAAGCGUCGCAGCUGUGCAGCCAGCAGUCUCAGGCUCUGGAGCUCAUCAAGAACAAGCAGCGUAAAGACCCACGCUUCGCUCACAUCAUCCAGGAGUGCGAGGCGAGUCCUCACUGCCGGAGGCUGCAGCUCAAAGACCUGCUGGUGUCCGAGAUGCAGAGACUCACCAAGUACCCGCUGCUGCUGGACAACAUCAUGAAGCACACGGAGGCCGGGUCGUCGGACCUCCCGUCGCUUCAGCGCGCCCAUGCGUGUUGCCGAGGGAUACUGCAGGCUGUAAACGAGGUUGUCAGGGAAACGGAACACCGGCAACGCCUCAGCCAAUACCAACGCAGGCUGGACGCCGCCCCUCUGUUCAAGAGUCUGGACCUCAGCACGAAGAGAAUGAUCCAUGAAGGCCCUCUCACGUGGAAAGUCAGCAAAGACAAGCAGAUGGAGAUUCAAGCGCUGCUGCUGUCGGACUGCCUGCUCCUCCUCCAGAGGGGCCCGGACGACCGGCUGCAGCUGAGGUAUCCAUCCCGCUGGCUGGGUGGAGGCGGAGGAGGCAGCGGGGACAGCAAGACCUCCUUCAGCCCUCUGGUGAAGCUGGACUCUCUGCUGGUGCGCUCGGUGGCUACAGACAACAAAGCCCUCUACGUCAUCAGCACCACAGAGAGGCAGAUCUACGAGCUGGUGGCCGGGACAUCGUCGGAGAAAAACACCUGGAAGGAUUUACUUGAGAGGACCAUCUCAUCGGCUGCCGGUGCAUCGCCCCAGAUCAGUCACGGAUCCAUACCCAUAUCCUCCCCGAGUCAACGCAGUGCGUCCCCAGUGUCCACCGGCAGCAAUGUCUAUGCAGAUAACUCUCUAACGGAGCAGCUGGACUCCACGGAGACUCACUCCUCCGGCGAUGACAUCGAGCUCUCGGCGGAUGCGGCGACGGACCAAUCGGAGGCCUUCAUCGGCGGUGAAAGAAAAGCAGCCGGUGUGGCCGAGGCCGCGUUACAAGACGUUGAAACACUGAGGCAGCUCAUACUACGGGAUUUGGAAGAGGACGGUUGGAGCCACGACUCGGACGACACGCCCACCGACGGGAGGAGCUCGUUCUCCGACAGGCAGCGGCCGGAGUCUCUGGAGACCGUCCUCAAUUUCUGCACCGACGAAUGGGAGGCCGAGCCCGAAGUAGAGGACCCGCCCCCUGACGCGGAGCAAUGCAGCGGCGUUCAGAUCGUGCGGAAAGCUGUGGUUGCGGGUCCUUCUUCUUCUUCUUCUGUUCCUGAUGACAUCACUGCUGAUGUCACCCUCCCCUCCGACCAAUCGUCCAAGCCGAGAGGCGGGGCCACGACGCAGGGGAACACUUUCUACCUGGUCAUGCCGACCGAGCAGGGAGAGAGCGCCACCGACGACCUCCACGACCCCGCCGGCCACUUCCCUCAGCCUCCGGAGGGAGUGACUUCCGCACAGACGCAGGAGGAGGCGCCGCCCCGCGCCCCAGAGCCCGACCGAUCGGAGGCUGCGCGACUGGAACAGGAAGAGGAAGCGGGCCAAUCGCCGGCUGGCCACCAGAGCCACGUGAUCAGAAAUGUGGAUGAGAUUUUCCACACGAUCGAGGGGUUGAUGAGCAAGUUGCGCCACCUCAAGGAAAUCGAGACGUCCCAUCAAGAGCUCUUAAAAAGCCUCAGAGAGCCUCUUGUCCUUCAGGAGUCAGAGGACCAGCAGUGUUGCUCGGCAACCGUCUCCAGAACACCAAGUCUGGACCGCAGCUCAGGAGACGGCAAAGAGGGAAGUCCAGCAGAGCCCAAGAUCCAGUCGACGGGAUUCUGACGUCGCCGCGGAGACGACGUACUCGCCGUCGCUCGAUCUUGAUUGUUGGCAUACGGACGCACUCAUACGUACCUGUCAGACUCGGGGGUGGCCCCCUCAAGCCCCGCCUCCCCUCGGCUCCCCGCGGCCCUGCAUGCACUGGCCAGUGGAACGGAGUCCAGUGAGGACCGUCGCUGUUUUCAACACAACCUCUGACUUCUACCAGAGCGCGAGGGAGUCCUGGACGGCCUGAGGGCGAGAGUAUGAAAGAACAGGAAAGGCAGAAGACAAGUCGACUCGGUGAAAUGACGGGGAAACGUUUGAAAGAAUUUAAAAGCGGCGUCGGGGGGGGGUUGACCCAGGUUGGAUAUUUGAGAGGGAAAGGCAGUCGUCGUACGUCUGGCUUUACCGAGCCGGUUGAAGAAAAGUGUUGAAAUGUUAAUUUAAGGAAAAAUCGGAGGGACCCAUCAUCCCCUGCACUUUACCCACAAUGCAUCCCUCUGUCACGUACGUUCCCGACAGCGGACGGAUCAGGGACUGGAGAUGCCGCUGACUUUAUUUGGGGCUGAUGUUUGAGUCUCCCCCCCCCCCCCCCCCUCCCACUGGUUGCUUUACACUGAGUCCACCUGCCGCCACGGCCGAAGGACUGCGCCUGUAUCACUCCGGUCGUUUGCACUGGGUAAGGAAACCAAUAUCACACACAAACACACACACACACACACACACACGACAGUUCACCAUUUCAUGCGUCUCGGACCUUCGUAUCCCCGCACGGCGGUGGCAGCCGCACUGACAUGUCCUCAUUUAAGUGUCACCAACACUACGGCGCCGUAGUGGGGGGAACCCGUUUGUAACUCAAUCAAAUUGCUGCCAAAUAUUGCCGCCGACGUUGCCGGGUCUCCACUUAAAGAUGACUGUGCAUCCUCUCCAGUGUGUGUGUGUGUGUGUGUGUGUGUGUGUGUGUGUAAAUACCACGGUUAAUCCUGUGAACCAGCAACUUCUCCCUUCUCCCAUUCUGCAGUCGUACCAUGUGGCGUGUUGAAUAGGGGCGUUCCCCUCUCCGCCUGCACAGAACAACUUGAAUUUAUGAGGAGACAUCAACGGCUUAUUAAAAACUCCAUUGUGCAAACCCCCCACACACACACAUGGUCAAAGUAACAAAAACUAACUUAAAAAACAAACAAAAAAAUGCUGCUGUGUAUAUGCAACUGUUGUGUGAAGCAAAUAUGUAUCUCCUUGAAAAGAUCAAGACGACUUUACUUUAUGUACAUUUAAAAUUGAAGCUAGCACCAGCAGCGGCUCAGUUCAGCGCAGAGUAGAGACUGGAAACGUCUCCAUGCCGACGUCUCUGGAGCUCAGUGGGCGCGUUGCACGGGGGUCGAAAUACUCGUGGAUCGUUUGGAGGAGAGGUUGUUCAGAGAGGUUUAUGUAUCCCCCCCCCCCCCCUUCCCUUUCAAUCGCCGUCUAUCUUGGACGCGUUCUACCAAAACACUAGACCGAAAAAAAAUAUGCAUUUAAAUGCAGUUUAAAUGUUUUCUUUCUCUUCUCAAGCUGGGAAGAUAUCCCACUGGACUGGGAUUUAUUUGAGCUGGUUUCAAAUACUAACCGGCGAUGAGUAGAACUGACACGACCAAAACCAGGAGCCGAGUAUGUCGACGCACCACCAGCUCGACGGGAUGUUUCACUGCCCCGGUGGAAGCUUUUCACUCUUUAGCCAAUCACGUCGUUCGACGGGAACCGCCCGCGUUCAGGUCGAAACUUCAAAUGAGCGCCGCCGAUAUCGCCGCGGCGACGCAUUUCAGCCCCCGAACUUGAGGAAUUUGUGCUAAAAUGUAAAAAUACUCAACCGAAGUCAAAUAUGUCUUCAGAGGUGUUGAAGGGAACCGUUUCUGUUGUUGUUCUCUCCCCUUUUUAGCUGCUGAUUUUCAAGCAUCUCAGACCAGACGUCUCAUCAAGAAAGAAACAAAUAUAUAUAUAAAAUCCUUUUUGUUUGAGCACAUAAUGGACACUCGUUCAUCCCAUGCAUAACGUGUGUGUGUGUGUGUGUGUGUGGUCCAUAAUUUGGCUCAAAUGAAUGCCAGAUGGUCUGAGCUGGUUGAAUCCGGGUCAGGAUCUCUUUCCUCUUCUUUCCUCCCGCCUCUUAACUGCAGCGUUUGUCAUCUCCAAUUUCUACCUCUUCACCUCAGUUUCUUUGCAUCUUCCAUGAUUUCUUCUUUUUAUACAUUUUACCUUGUACAUUGACAUCAUCGUUUUGGCCCUAACGGGCUGUAAAAAAAAAAAAGAAAGAUGCUAUAACUGAUUCCUUUUUUUUUUUUUUUUUAAGAAAAUGUUGCACAAACAAACUUCCCUGCACGGUGCAAACUACUGUAUGCAUACACACGUCUUUAACUAUCAUCUCAUUGUGUUUUUAUUUUGUCUCCUUUUUUUUUUUAUAAAGAAACAUUCGUCACUCAUGUAAUAUAGAGAGAUCAGACCCACGUGUUUUAUAUAUGUUAAUUUUUUUUCUGUAAAGCCUUAGUCCUCGUAUUUGAUUUUAUUUUUGUAGAUAUAAAAAAAAAAGGAUGUAUAAAUUAUUUUCUUCCCCCUUGUUUUUAAAAUUGGUGAGAUUGUUUAGCUGCACAGAAGGAAAAGAGAGCUCAUGUCUCAGAUUCAUGUGUUUUGUGAGAUUAAAAAGAAACUGGCUAAAGAAAAUGAAA